AACCUACAAGCCGACGACGUACUACCUGCUGUCAAAGAUUCUUUCUCUCUCUUCAAAUCCCUAAAUUCAUUCCGCUAGGUUGUUCUUGAUUUCCUUCCUGAUCUUGCUUCCCUUCUGUAAUUAUUUUUUUAAUUCCAAUUCGUUAAAAAAUCCCAUUUUUUUUAUAUGGGUUGUGUGGGUUCGAAGCCUGAUGAUUCGCCGGCCGUCGCUUUGUGCCGGAAAAGAUGUCAGUUUCUUGAUGAAGCAAUUCACCAACGUUACGCUCUUGCUCAAGCCCAUUUAGCCUACUUACAUUCCCUCAAAUCGGUCGGCGAUUCGCUCCAUCGUUUCUUUGAUCUGCACUCCGCCGCUGCGGGCGCCGGCGCCGGCGACGGUCAUGCGUCUCCGGUGCUUAACCUUCCGUCUCAACGAAAGGGAGAUUCUUCUGGGCCUCCACCUCCGUCUGUUACUUCUGCUCCGGCGGUUGAGCACCGUCAUUCGCAUUCGAAUUCCGGCUCUUCUCACCUUCAUUUCCAUACCGAUUCCGAUGAUGAUUCCGGCGACGAAGACGAUAUCCUUCAUCUGCACUCCGAGAACGGUGGCUCAUCGCCUCUGCAUCAUCAACGGUACGGUAAUUUGAGUUAUAACGAACAGCACGAAUCCCUAGGUGGUUCUUAUCUUCCUCCUUAUUCUUAUCCUCCGGCUGGGUAUCCUCCCGCCGGUUAUCCUCCCGCCGGUUAUCCUCCCGCCGGUUAUCCUCCAGCUGGAUUUCCUCCCGCCGGUUAUUCUUCCGGUGGUUACACAAUGAAUUUUAUGAGAAAACAACCGACGCCAUCGGUUGUGUACCAGCAGAGACCGAUGAGUUCUGAACCUAUACAGUACGGUGAAGCUUCAUCAUCAUCAUAUUACAGUAAUAAUUAUAACAAUCAAAACCCUGGUUCUUACUCGAACUACGGUGAGUUUUUCGGUUCUUCACAACCUCCGCCUUACGGCGGUGUUUCAGCGCCUCAGGCGGUUUCACCAUCGGAGGCGUCGUCUUCGAAUUCAAAAGCUCCGCCUCCGCCGCCUCCACCCCCAAGCUCGAGUUGGGAUUUCUUGAAUCCGUUUGACACUUUCGAGAGCUAUUAUCCUCCAUAUACUCCGAGUCGGGAUUCGAGAGAAGUUAGGGAUGAAGAAGGGAUUCCUGAUUUGGAAGAUGAAGAUUUUUAUCAGCAGGAAGUUGUUAAGGAAGUACACGGAAAUCAGAAGUUUGUGGAUGCUGGUGGUGGUGCCGGUGGUGGUAGUGGUAGUGGUGGUGAUGAUGGUGGCAAGAAGGGGGCUGCGGUUGAAGAGAAGAGUGAGGAAAGAGCUGCGGCUGACCUCCAUUAUCGGAGUGUGCCAAAUGUGGUGACGAAAGAGGACGAUCCGGUUGAGUACGAGGUUCAUGUGGUGGAUAAAGAAGUUGAUAAUCAAAAGAAGCCAUUGGUUUUCCAAAAUGAUGCCGAAGUGGUGAAGGAAAUUCAAACCCAAUUCAAUCGUGCAUCCGAGUCCGGCAACGACUUAUCCAAGAUCCUCGAGGUCGGGAAACUUCCACAUAACCGCAAACAUGUGGCCUAUCAAGUUCCGUCCAAGAUGUUGAGCGUUUUUACGCCUUUAGCAUUGGCACCAGCUGAUCCUGCCUUAGAUACGGAUGUAGAUUUAUUGACGAAAUCCAAGAAUCUUUCAUCGACUCUACAUAAACUGUAUCUCUGGGAGAAGAAAUUGUUUGAUGAAGUUAAGAUUGAGGAGAAAAUGAGGUUAGUCCAUGAAGAGAAGAAACGAAGGCUUAGACGGUUGGAUGAGAAGGGUGCCGAGCCUCACAAAGUUGAUGCAACAAGAACUUUGGUUAGAAGUCUUUCUACCAAAAUCCGUAUUGCAAUUCAAGUUGUCGAUAAGAUUUCCGAAAAAAUAAACAGUUUGAGGGAUGAAGAACUUUGGCCACUAUUAAACGACUUCAUAGAAGGGUUAACAAGGAUGUGGAGAUCGAUGGUGGAGUGCCACCGUAGUCAGUGUGAGGCAAUCGGUGCCGCUAAACGUAUGGAUGCCAUUGCAUCCCACAAACACUUGACCGACGGCAGUCUGGAAGCCACGCUGCAACUCGAACACGAACUGCUCAACUGGGCCAUACGUUUCUCGUGCUGGUUUGGGGCCCAAAAGGGUUUUGUGAGAGCCUUAAACGAGUGGCUUGUGAAAUGCGUUAUGUACGAGCCAGAAGAAACUGUGGAUGGACCGGUCCCAUACUCUCCUGGGCGAAUUGGUGCACCGGCCGUGUUCAUAAUCUGUAACCAGUGGGCUCAAGCGAUGCAAAGAAUCUCCGAUAAGGAAGUGGUGGAUGCGAUUCGAGAUUUUGCAGGAACGGUUCUUCAGCUAUGGGAACGGGAUAAGGUGGAAAUGCGAGAAAGGAUGGUGGUUGAUAAAAACUUGGAGAGAAACGUAAAGAAUUUGGAUAGAGAAGAUGAGAAGAUUCAUAAAGAGUUGCAGAUAUUGGAAAAAAUGAUGGUGGUGGGGUCGGGAGACGAGAAUGGAAUGUCGUUAGGUCAUCCAGCAGUGUAUCAGAGCGAGACCAGUAAAAAUGGUAGCGUGCAGAUUGGUCUUAAACGCGUUUUGGAGUCCAUGGAACGGUUUACCGCUAAUUCUUUGAAAAUUUAUGAGGAGUUAUUACAACGGAUCGAAGAUGAUAAGCUCGGGGGGUAGUAUCGAUAGAACGCUGGAUUGUUGAUUUGUAGUAAAGAGAAGAGAUGGAAGUUUUUGUAAGUGUAUGUAGUUAGUGAUAGUAAUAGUAUAGAGAAAAAGGAGUUUAUAGAGAUGAUUUGGUGUUUUAGAAGACAUGGAAAAUGGCCUUCCUUCCUUCAUAUGCCUGCAUCAAUUGGUUUGGU